AUGGAAAUAAGCCUGGUGCUGAUCGUUCUAGUGUUAUGCUCCAGUGCUGCUACCCUAGUUACUUGUAGUAGCGCAGGGUUCCACAUGGAGCUCACCCAUGUUGAUAGCAAGGGCGGCUACACCGCGGCGGAGCGCGUGCAGCGCGCCAUGGCUAGCAGCCGGCAGCGCCUGGCGUCCUUUGUGGACGUGACCGUGCCGGUCCACUGGAACACCAGCCAGUACAUCGCUGAGUACCUGAUCGGCACCCCACCGCAGCGUGCGGAGGCACUCAUCGACACCGGCAGCGACCUCAUCUGGACGCAGUGCUCCACCUGCAAACAAUGCGUCAAGCAGGGCCUGCCCCUCUAUAACGCGUCCAAGUCGGACACCUUCCAUGCCGUGUCAUGCAACGACACCUUGUGCCUGGCCAACCAGGAGCACUCGUGCCGCCGGGACGGCAGCUGCCAUUUCGGGGCCUUCUACGGUGCCGGCGACGCCAGUGGGACCAUCGACACCGAGGUCUUCGCCUUUCAAAAUGGCUCGGCGAGGCUCACGUUCGGCUGCGUCGAGUCGCUGAUGAUCUCUCCGGGGUCCCUCGAUGAGGCGUCCGGACUCAUAGGGCUUGGCCGCGGCCCCCUGUCGCUCGUCUCUCAAGCGGGCGCCAGCAAGUUCUCUUACUGCCACACCCCGUACCUCCGCAGCAACGCCACUGCCGGCGCCAGCAGCCACCUUUUCGUCGGCGCCUCGGCGAGCCUUAGCGGUGACAGCCCUGUGAUGUCCAUGUCUUUCGUGCAAGGCCCCAAAGAGUACCCAUUCUACUACGUCCCACUCAUCGGGAUAAGUGUGGGACAAACAAGGUUGUCGAUCCCACCGACUGUGUUCGCUCUGAAAGAGAACGGCACCAGCGGCGGUGUCAUCAUCGACUCCGGCAGCCCCACUACGGCUCUGGCCGAGAAGGCAUACGGCCCCCUCCGCGAGGAGCUCCGGAGGCAGCUGAACGGGAGCCUCGUGCCGCCGCCUGCUGACAGCGAGAUGGACCUGUGUGUGGCGGUGGCACAGGAAAAGAAAGUACCGUCCAUGGUGCUCCACUUUAGUGGCGGAGCGGACAUGGUGCUGCCCCCGGAGAACUACUGGGUGCCGCUGGACAGUUCCACGUCAUGCAUGGUCAUGGAGACAUCCAACGACAUGAGCAUCAUCGGCAACUUCCAGUUGCAGAACAUCCACCUGCUCUACGACCUUGCCAAGGAUGAGCUAUCUUUCCAAACAGCGGACUGCAGCAAACUCUGA